CUACGCCUUAUCAGUUUUAGAACAGGUUGACAUGCACUCGCCCGUGAGGCAUCUGAGUGGUUAUUGGAUGUGAUAUACAGAGAAAGUGGCUAUAAACAGCAGCUGAGUACUGGUUGAGUGACAAGCCUGCUGUCCCAUAGCCAACAUGAUAGCAACAGGUGGCCUGCUGCGCAUGAACAGGCGUCAGGAUUCCCUUCGCGCUAAAAACCGAGCAGAAAACAAAAGGAAACGGAAAGCCAAAAAAAGGAAGAAGAAUGAUGUGGUGGUGGUGAAAGGGAAGCUCAAUCUGAUGUCCCCAGCUGGUUUGGUGGCUGCUGUUGGAGUAAUAAUUCUCAUGGUGGGGAUUUCCAUGGCCGUACUGGGCUACUGGCCCAGUCAGAACCAGCAGGAGUACAAGGAGCAUGGCAGAACUGGAGUAUACCAUGCCAAUAGGAUCAGCUACUCUAAAACACCACCUGUUUCAGCUAACUUGACCCAUGAUAAGCCUCCUUCCGGCCAGAGCCAUGCUAACAGCACCCCCGACUCCUCCCCUCAGUGUGGCUUUCUCUGUGACUUCCUGGAUAAUUACCUGUACUCAGACAACCUAAAAGUCUUUGGACCGCUGGUGAUGGGAAUCGGUAUUUUCCUCUUUAUCUGUGCCAAUGCAGUCCUUCAUGAAAACCGGGACAAGAAAACCAAGAUAAUCAACCUGAGGGAUAUCUACUCCACAGUGAUAGAUCUGCACAACAUACGAUCGAAGGAGCACUCUCCUCUAAAUGGUUUGGUGAACUACACCCAAUCGAGGAAUGCUGAGGGGCCGUCGGGCUCUUUUCCUGCAAGUGGAAUGCUUACUCGCAGUUCCUGGCCCUCCACUGGGCUGGGUUUACGAGGCGAGUUAGGCAGCGAUGAGGUGUUCAAACACCCAUCAUUGGCUAGCAGGCCUCGUAGCUGGUCCAAAGAUGUCCAGAGCUUCACAGACACUGUCUACAGCAUCUACAAAGACUACAGCAAUAGCAACAAGCAAGCGCCACAGCCCCAAGAGUGGGAGACCACCUCCAUUGUCACCUCUUCUGUGAAUGCUUUCACCCUCCCUGUGAUCAAACUGAACAACUGUGAGGUGGAGGAAUCCGAAAGAGCAGAGGCAGAGGGGCGCUCAGCAGAAGGGGUCGUCAUUGAGGCUGCUGCUGAAAACAUUAGCAAGGAGGAGCAAGCCAGCAGCAGCCACACUGGUGACACUGAUGGCAAGGAGAAGAAUGCCUCGAUGCCAGAUUCUCCCUCAUCUCACCAAAGUCAUGAGGAUAUAUCCACAGACAUAGCUGACCAGCAUGGGGCGUCAAAGGAGCAGGCUCAGCUUCACCAACAGUGGACCCAGCUGUUCCCUCCAUCACCGGUUGUUAGGGCGAUGGGGUCAAGACUGUCGCUCAACUCCCUCAUGGAUCAGCCCAGGUCUGCACGGCGCUGCAGCUUGUCUGUGUCUGUGUGUUGUCAAGGCGACAAAGGCAGGCGUUUCAGCUGCCCUCGUCUGGAGCGCUCCAACAGUAAGGGCUACAUCAAACUGACUGAUCUAGGGGGAGAGUCCUUCGACGCGCCUGAUACAGACACUUCUUUAGUGGCCACUGAACAGGAAGUAGCAACAGACACAACAGCAGCAGCGGAGGAAGAAGCUCAGGGAGAGGAGGACCUGGCAACACCCAGCACCACUGCAGAAUCUUAGACUUUUUUGCUGAUGAGCCUCUGAAAACUCUUGGAUGUCUUGUCUUUUGCUUUGUGUCUUCUUCUUUGACUGAUGAUGUGAAACUGGCCAUUAUAAAGGAAUUGUGGAGAGUAAGCAACUAAGGACUAUUCCAACAUAGCCAUGAACACUCAAGAGCAAGGCUCUUUAUAAAUACCACAUCCACAGCUAAAUAUUCAGAUGUAAUUUUUCUAUUUUUUCAAUGUAGCAAGAGCAAUACUAAAGACUUGUAAGAAGAUUUAGUAAAGGUUUGUAAAAAAUGUUUUUUAAAAAGAUAAGAAAAUUUGAUCUGAUGGAUUUAAAAUUUUCUGUUGUAGGGCAAACGUUGUAGCUUUUAGAAAUGCCAAAACUGUCACUGAGAACUACUGUCCAACAUGUUCUACUGUAGCAUUCACGUAUGCCACAGAAAACUAAAUAGUCUAGAUUUGUUCCUCUAUGUUGUUAAGUGAAAACCAUGUGAAUAGGUGAACUGAACUGAAUCUCAGGUAGAUGUCUGGUUUAGGAUGGGGACCUUAAGGACAAGGUCUUCCCUAUGUGCACACUUGUUUAUAUGAAACAUUCAUGGUUGAAUAAACUUGACUGUAACAUCUCCUGUCUAGUCUCGCAGGUGUCAUUGUGUGAUAUUAGUAUAAAUGUAGAGAAUGUA